GAUGAGACUGAAGCUGCAGUGAGAAGAGGAGAAAAGAAAGAAACCUUUAUGAAUGAUGUGGGCGAAGAGUGCCGUGCAGCCUGUGAGGCUGCAAGAGGUGGAGAUUGUGGGGCUUCUCACGGAACCCUCCUUUCACAUGGCAGCCUGUGCAGCAGAGGCUCUAAGGAGAAAUUUUCCAAACAGAAUAGCAGAACCGAACGUGUUUCCUUUGCUGCAGUUUGCAUGGGAUGAAUAUCUACAGGAGAAAAAAAAGGAGUUGAGAGGGGAAACCUGGGAAUAUCCUUCCAAUGUGAUGUGUUUUGUUGAUGGCCACCUUGUUGGAGAUGAAAAAAUGCUGUUGAAGUGGGCAGGUGAUGUUUGGGAUUAUAAAGACUUCAAACCUACUGCACUUUAUGAAGCUAUUACACAGGAUUUCCUCACCAAAUACAUGAGAAGCAAACAGCACGUGUUUGUGUACUUUGACAUAGCUAUUCAGGCAAUACCUAGAGGAAAAUUGCUAUUUGAGCUCUAUUCCGACAUCUGCCCCAAGACAUGUCGGAACUUCCAGUGUUUGUGUACAGGGGAGAAAAAGAAAUCUGUGUCUGGGCUUCCGCUCAUUUACCGAGAUUCUAUAUUUCACCGCCUUGUAAAAAAUGGCUGGCUACAAGGAGGAGACAUAAGGGGAGGAAGAGGAGAUGGAGGCGAGUCAAUUUAUGGACCUAUCUUUGAAGAUGAAAAUUUUGCAGUUCCCCAUGACAAGAGAGGUGUUCUUGGAAUGGCCAACAAAGGACGCCACAGCAAUGGGUCCCAGUUCUACAUUACACUACAGCCAGCACCCUACUUGAAUGAGAAAUAUGUGGCUUUUGGACAGCUGAUCGAGGGCUCACACAUUCUCCAGGAAUUGGAAGCAGUAGAUACAUUAAAUGAGAGGCCAGUUUUAGAAUGUAAAAUUAUGAACUGUGGAGUUUUUCGGCCAUGA